AUGACGGAAGGUCGCUACAGGCACCUGAAGCAAGAAUGCGAGGUCUUUCUAACCGUGGACCACCCCAACAUCGCACAGCUGAGCGAUGUAUAUGAGUGGGAGGAUGGCAUAGCAAUCAUCAUGGAGUAUUGCUCCGGUGGGGAGCUGCUGCAUCGAUUGGAGGCCCAAGCGGUGUAUGAUGAAGCGGACGCAGCAGAGGCAACAUCUCAGAUGCUGCAGGCGGUGAAUUACCUUCAUGCCCACAGCAUCGUCCACCGUGAUCUGAAGCUCCAGAAUUUCCUCUACGAAUCGCCUCAGAAGGAUGCGCUUCUGAAGUUGAUCGACUUUGGACUUUGCGAAACGCUGGAAGAUGCCGACAUGAAAAUGAAGGCUUCUGUCGGCACCCUCGAGUUUUGCAGCCCGGACGUCAUCAGCGGCAAGGAAUACACGAGCCAGUGUGAUCUGUGGAGCUUGGGUGUUGUGGUCUUCAUGCUGCUUACGGGCAGGCCUCCUUGGAGCACGUCCCGGGGCUUUGAGGGCAUGCGCAAGGACAUCAGCAAGGGACUGGUCAAGUGGGACCGGCUUCAGAAUGUCUCGGAGCAUGCGACAGACUUUGUGCAGCAGCUUCUGGUUGUUGACCCCGAGCAGCGCAUGACCGCCGAAAGGGCGCUCCAGCAUCCGUGGCUUACCAAGACCGACGUCGUGAGGAAGCCCAAGCUGGGCCGCUCCGUGUUGGUGUCGCUUCAACAGUAUUCCUCCAAGUCGAAGAUGCAGCGCCUGCUUCUGCAGCUCCUCGCCCAGGAGCUUCAGCCAGAGGAGGUCAGCGAGAUGCGCGAGCUGUUCAUGAAGCUGGAUUCCGAUGCUCGGGGCACCAUCCGCCUGUGCGAUCUGAAGGACGCCAUGUGCCGUCACACGCGCAGAGCCCCGCACAACUCUCCAACAAUCUCCAGGUGGGCCCAGCAUCUGCUCAGCCCCAAAUCGCGGGCCGCGCAUCGCCACCGGCUUCGGCAGGCAACUGCCCCAUUCUUGGGAGCUCCUGCAGACGAGGCAGAACAGAUCUUUUCUAUGCUGGAUGCCAAUGGCGACGAGGAGGUCUACUAUUCUGACUUUUUGGCUGCAACAGCAAGUGUUCGAUGGCAGCUCCGGCGUGAAGUUAUGCGAAAGAUCUUCAAUCGCUUUGACAGAGACCGCUCCGGCGCCAUCAGCAUGGAAGAGGUGCGGCUGGUCUUGGAGGAAUCCUUGGAGGAUGGGAGCGUGGAGGAAAUGCUGCAAGAGUCCAAAGUGGUUCUUGACAGCAACGGCGAGAUCAGUUUUGAGGCAUUUGUCAACCUCUUCGAGAAGAAAGACGUUCUCCCCGCCUCCGAGCAUCAUGCGGUGGGUGACAUGAUGACAUGCAGCAUCCCGAGGCCCCACGCUCUGCCGCGGGAGGAUCUCCUCCGCGCCUGGGCCUGGGAUGACACGCCAAAGCACCUCGAACUAGGUCAGAAGCGGGUUGAGCAGAGAGUGGUUGGGAUGUUCGCUAGGCCAUCAAGAAGCUCAGAAUGGUUCGUCCAUGCGGCUUUGGAGAUGUCUGGGACGCUCGAGGACGAUGGCCUCCCUUCAACUGCCGACGUCAGCUGUCGCGUGCCCGUUGUGAUGGCUCUCGCGGUCUUGGGCUCGGCCCUCGUGUUGCCGGGCAUUCUCUCCAGCUCGCGGUGGAGGCAAGUCGAGCCGAGCCAUGUUUGCGGGCAUGCUUCUUUGCAGGACCUGGAACAGUUGGGUUUGCCAAAUGUCACAGCUGUGAACUGGGGCCAAUGGCAUGGUCCAUACGCCUUGCCUCCUGAACGUCUAAUCUUGUGCGCUUCCGGGGCCGCCUUUCUGUGGCUGCAAGGAGAUACAAAUCCGCUACCGUUGAACCACACAUUGGUCUCAUCCCUUUUUUUGUCAUUGCCGCGGAUGUGGCCGCAAGAGAGACUUGAACAACACGGGAGUUUCAUUUGGAUUCUAGACCGGGACUAUAACCUGAUCAUUGCACCGACAAUGCAAGAGCUGCCUGGCAAGGGCCUUCGUGAGGUGAAGCACGGUGACCUGUGCCCUGGGAAGAACUUCUUCGGGGAGAACCACGUUUCUGGCCCAUACCGAGGCAUUGCUCGACUGGGUGGGGAGUUCAAUCUUGCCGGCAACGGCAACGGUUCUGAGUGGGUUAUGCACGCUAAGUCUGGAUAUACGGCGUACCGCGUCUCGCCAGAGACAGCUGCCGAGUACUACCACGCACAGCGAGAGGCAGGCAGAAACGAAAGCGACAUCGCUCGCAACUUCCAGAGAUGUGUGUUUCGUCAGAUCUUUCGUGCCAAAGAACCUCUUAUGCGACUGCUCUGCUUCUUGCACACCAAACUGUCUGUCGACGCAUCACUUGGUGACGUUCGGAGGUGCGACAUUCGAUCCGUGGCCUCGGGAGGAUUGCCAGACCUGCAGAGCUGCACGCUAAAGCCGAGCGACGCCUUGGGCUGCAGCAUGCGGAAGGCCGACCCAGCUUCGGUGGCCGUGGUGCACCUGAUCGAUUGGUACGCGCCUGGGCAAGACAGGUGCAAUCUAACCACUGAAGACUUCGGCGCCGACUUGCAGAGAGUGGGAGAGGACGUGUUGCGGCAUGGACAACGAAGCCCUGCUGACCUUGCACCACAUGCACCACAUGGUGCAGACGUGCGGAAGGUGCAGAAGCGCAUCAAGGGCUUGAGGAAGCACUCCUGCUUAUUCUCUCCAGAAUUCACGAGCCGGCUUGGCUGCAAUGUCCACGGCUGUUUCGGGGAAGGCUUCACAAGGAAGCUCAAAGCUGUUGAACAGCGCCUGGCUGAUGAUCCUCUGGAAGCUUCGAGGCUUUGGGAGGUGGCUGCCCAAGCCUGGAGCCAGUGCCAGCUUUGA